CAAAAUACUCCAAAAAAUAUUUAUAGAAAAUUAUCUUUUAUGGCAAAUAUUACUAAAGCUUUCUCCCCUUUACCAUUAUAUCUUUGCCAAAUUGGAAGCAAAAGAAGUAGUAUCAAAGUUUCAUGCAGAAGCUCUAACAGAUGGAACUUUCAAGAAGAUCUUUUAAAAAAAACCUCUUAUCUUCAAACGAGCUAUAAUCGCGAUGGAUUCAAUAGUACCAAAUUUGGGCUACUUGUGAAGGAUGUCAAGUAUGCACUAAGGACACAAAUAAAUAAUAAUAAUAAUCUUGUUUUGGUGGAUACACUUCAACGUAUGGGAAUUGAACACCAUUUUCAGCAAGAGAUUCAAUCAAUUUUACAAAAGGAAUAUGAGCAAAAUACUUGUUUUCUUAAGUAUCAAAACCAUCAUGAUAUUUCACUUUGUUUCAGACUUCUGAGACAAGAAGGUUACCACGUGUCAGCGGAUGUAUUUAAAAAAUUGAAGAACAAUGAUGAUGGGACAUUUGGAUUAAACCUUAACCAAGAUGUGAAUGGAUUAAUUGGUUUAUAUGAAGCAUCACAACUUGGUGUAGAAGGUGAAUACAUACUUGAUGAAAUUGCAAAAUUUAGUGGUGAUCAUCUAAAUGCGUGUCUAGCAAAUAGUGACGAAGCUAGAAUUAUUAAAGAAACAUUAAAGUAUCCAUAUCACAAGAGUUUAUCAAGAUGGAAGAAUAAAAGCUUCAUCAAUAACUUCAAAGGAAUUAAUGGAUGGGGAAAAAACACUUUAAAAGAAUUGGCAAAUAUGGACUACUUCAUAACAAAAGAGAUACAUCAACAUGAAUUGGCUCAAGUUUUCAGGUGGUGGAAAAGUCUUGGUUUAGCGGAAGAAUUGAAGCUUUUGAGAGAUCAACCAUUAAAAUGGUAUACUUGGCCAAUGGCAAUGCUUACUGAUCCAAAAAUGUCACAAGAAAGAAUUGAGUUAGCAAAAUGCAUCUCUUUUGUUUAUGUCAUUGAUGAUAUCUUUGAUGUUUACGGAACUAUUGAAGAGUUAACCCUUUUCACUCAAGCUGUUCAUAGGUGGGAAUUGAGCGCAAUGAUGGACCUACCGGAAUACAUGAGAUCACUUUACAAGGCUCUUUAUAAUACAAUUAAUUCCAUUGGCUAUAACAUCUACAAAAUCUAUGGACAAAAUCCCACUCAAAAUCUACAAAAUACGUGGGCACAUUUGUGUAGUGCAUUUCUAAUAGAAGCAAAAUGGUUUGCUUGUGGGAUGGUGCCAACAACAGAUGAGUACCUAAAGAAUGGGCUUGUUAGUUCUGGAGUUUAUGUUGCCUUAAUUCACUUGUUCUAUAUCUUAGGCCUUGGAGUAAGCUCUAUGCAUUUACAAGAUAUAUCACUCAUGUCCACUUCCAUAGCUAAGAUUCUUCGUCUUUGGGAUGAUCUUGGAAGUGCAAAGGAUGAAAACCAAGAAGGAAAAGAUGGUUCAUACGUAGAAUAUUACAUGAAGGAAAACAAAGAUUCUUCCAUGGAAUUAGCUAGAGAACAUGUGAUUAAGCUAAUUGAAGAUGAAUGGAAGCAACUCAACAAAGAACACUUUUGUCUAAUGAGUCAAUCUACAAGAUCAUUUUCAAAAGCUUCUCUUAAUUCUGCAAGAAUGGUUUCUCUUAUGUAUAGUUAUGAUGAUAAGCAAUCGCUUCCUAUCCUUCAAGAAUAUAUUAAGUCUAUGUUGGAUGGUAAUUUAUAAUCUUAUCUUUUUCACGAA